GGAGUUUCCAAGCUUUGGUGUGAUCGUCAGCAAAAUGGCAGCGAGCGACUCUACCACGGACGACAGCCUUUAUCCGAUUGCUGUUUUGAUCGACGAACUAAAAAACGAAGAUGUACAGUUACGGCUGAACUCAAUAAAGAAAUUAUCUACGAUUGCCCUUGCAUUGGGCACUGAACGAACACGUAGCGAAUUAAUACCAUUUUUAACUGAGUCUAUGUAUGAUGAAGAUGAAGUUCUAUUAGCAUUGGCAGAACAGCUUGGACAGUUUUCUCCUCUUGUAGGAGGUCCAGAACAUGUAACUUGUUUACUGAAACCUUUAGAAUGUUUGGCAACAGUUGAAGAAACUGUAGUUCGAGAUAAAGCAGUGGAGUCUUUAAGAACUGUUGUUGCACAACAUAGCACACAAGAUUUGGAAGAGCACUUUAUUCCUUUGAUACAUCGCUUGGCAAUAGGAGAUUGGUUCACAUCAAGAACAUCAGCAUGUGGUUUAUUUAGUGUUUGUUAUCCACGUGUUAAUCCAACAGUUAAAGCAUGUUUACGAAACCAUUUUCGUAAUUUAUGUCAGGAUGAUACUCCAAUGGUACGCCGAUCUGCUACUUCACAUUUAGGCGAAUUUGCAAAGGUUAUGGAAAUUGAAUAUGUAAAGAUAGAUUUAAUUCCAAUGUUUGUCAUUUUGGCUCAAGAUGAACAGGAUUCAGUACGUCUUUUGGCAAUUGAAACUUGUGUUAGCAUUGCGGCCCUGCUACCACAAGAAGAUGUAGAACAAUUAGUUAUGCCCACACUUAGACAAUGUGCAAGUGAUCAGUCAUGGCGUGUACGUUAUAUGGUGGCAGAUAAAUUUACAGAACUUCAGAAAGCUGUAGGUCUAGAAAUUACAAAAACAGAUCUUGUACCAGCAUUUCAAGUACUUUUAAAAGAUGCAGAAGCUGAAGUACGAGCUGCAGCAGCUGAUAAAGUUCGCGAUUUUUGUCAAAAUCUCGACAAAUUUAAUCAAGAGUCUAUUAUUAUGACACAAAUAUUACCAAUAGUCAAAGAACUUGUAUCAGAUCCAAACCAACAUGUAAAAUCAGCUUUAGCAAGUGUUAUAAUGGGUCUUAGUCCAAUACUUGGGAAACAUAAUACAAUCGAACAUUUAUUACCAUUAUUUUUGUCACAACUCAGAGAUGAUUGUGCAGAAGUUCGUUUAAACAUUAUCAGUAAUUUAGAAUGUGUUAAUGAAGUUAUUGGUAUACAACAACUUUCACAAUCUCUUUUACCAGCUAUAAUAGAAUUAGCUGAAGAUUCAAAAUGGCGUGUAAGAUAUGCUAUCAUAGAAUACAUGCCAUUAUUAGCUGGACAACUGGGUGUAGAGUUCUUUGAUGAAAAAUUAAAUUCCUUAUGUAUGACUUGGUUAGUAGAUCAUGUUUAUGCCAUAAGGGAAGCAGCAACAUUAAAUUUGAAAAAACUGGUAGAGAAAUUUGGCGCUGAUUGGGCACAGAAUACUGUAAUACCUAAAGUUUUAGCAAUGUCAAGGGAUCAAAACUAUCUUCAUAGAAUGACAUGCCUAUUUUCUAUCAAUGUUUUAGCGGAAGUAUGUGGCCCAGAAAUAACAACAAGAGUAAUGCUUCCAACUGUCUUAGGAAUGGCCACUGAUAAUGUUGCUAAUGUACGAUUUAAUGUUGCUAAAACCCUUCAAAAAAUCGGCCCUUACCUUGAGCCUUGUGCAAUACAAGCUCAUGUAAAACCUGUACUUGAUAAGCUCAAUACCGACAGUGACGUGGACGUAAAAUAUUUUGCUUCGGAAGCAAUCGCAGGCAUCGCAGCGUAGGUUGAACAAAAAAACGCUGCAUUUAAAAUUUAUCCACCAAUAUACAAAACCUCCAUCUCAAGAAGUAACCUGGCGCAAACAUUUACACUUACACAUGGCAACCGGUAAUAUUAUUGCACAGAGCAGAUCUAA